AAUUAAAAAUGCAGAAUACAAAAAACUAGUUGGAAACGGUUAUUACUUCCCAAUUCGUCGAUGUUUAACACUGAUUUGACAUCGAUCAGGCAACACCAAACGGAAGCUCUUCUACCGCGUGUUCAUUUCUUUUUCAACAACAUCCGGUGCCCCCAGAGCAAUAGAAAACCCACUGCGAUGAAGCGAAGAUUCGAAGAACUCAAAGAGCUCGAAGAGCUAAGCUUCGAAGAAAUUCUAUUCGGUAAUGUGCACAUGCUUGGUAUGUCUGAGGUGGAGAUUUUCGAUAUCUUUAACCAGGGACCGAAAACAACCCAGAGUAAAACCGUGGAAGCGAAUCCACCUCCAAAGACUCCAACGGAAGCGGAUGUGCUCAAUAUCUAUAAUGACUGCUCCAAGGUGGCGGAUAUAGAGCGCUAUCUUAAGCUGCUAUUCAGACCCUUCGUCUGUUUCCUGAACACCAAGUGCCAAUAUAAUCUGAGGAAGCUGAGACACUGUCUGCCCGACAGCACCUAUGACCCGGAUAGACAUAUGGCCCUGGUGACAACUUACCGUAGGCCUUGCGGCGUCAUCAAGAUCUAUGCCAAUGGUAACAUGUUAUGCCAGGCCCUUAACCAGUAUGAUUCCUAUAAGGUUCUGGUUAACUUUUCGGAGGCUCUGGCCGAAUUGAACGAUUGCACCCCAUCACUGAUUAAACCGAAGUUCAACCUGGUCAACGCCACCUUCUGCAUGCCGUUCCCUCUGGACCUGCAGGCUCUCAAAAAGCGUAUUGGGCCCAACGCCACCUACACUCCCACGGAGCAUCCGUUUCUGACCUAUAUCGAGCCGCGUACCUUGAUCAAGUACAUAAUUCCCAUGGGCUAUGUAUACGUGAUGCUCUGCACCGGCAUGGAUGAGAUCAGGGUGGCCAUAGCCCAUGUUCUGCCCAUCCUUUACUCUUGCCGGGCCCCCACUCAGCAGAAUCAAACCGAUCUGGAGCUCACACAAGGCGAUAUCAACUUCAAGUUACUCUGGGAGACGGAAUUUCAGAAGGAUCAACACUUCGCCACUCAAUGGCAUGCAACAGCCGAUUAAGUUUUACCUGUAAGACUUUAAAAACUUGUAAAACUUUAAUUCAUUCAUUAACUGUACGUUUUCAUAACAUCUUCUAAAAUCAA